AGUCGGGAAAAAAGUCGCAGAAACAUAUUCCUACCGUACCUUUUUUUUUUCGUACAACAUUAUUUUGAGGUGAUGAAUAAAAAUUAAUCAAACCUAAUUCCUACACCACGAUGGGUUUAAUACAACGAUUAAAAUGCGAGAAGAAGUCAGAUGGAGAGCACACUGCUAGCACUGCUACACUAACCAACGACGGCGAGGUCGCGAAAGACUCGGGGAAGAAAAAGAAGGGAAAGAAGACGAAGAUUCGUUCAAUGAAAGUUUCUAAAAAGAAAGUGGAGGAUGGCGACCUAUUAACCGGAUUAGAUGAUACAAACGUUCCAGAAGAAUACUGGGAAGAGGCAGUAGUCACCAAAAUYCCUACUGAGCAUCGGGAUCUGCUCGCGGAAAACUUGUUCUGCCACAUAUGGAAGACUCAAGGAAAAUCGGUAGCAUUGAAACUGCUAGGAGACUACGAACAAGAAAACUUGAGCAAAACUGCGAACGAAAGAUUCCGCAACGGCUGUCAAAAAUGGAGACAAGAUGAUUACGAAGGAGCUGGCUGGGAACUAGAGCGUUCGCUCAUCAUUCGAGAAGCCCAACAAAAUCAUCAAACUUUGGUCAACGUGCGAUAUCUGAAACAAUACAAAGAAGAGGGCGACGAAAACCAAGUUAGCAAACAAGUGAGUCGCGAAAAGGAGAUUGACGAAAUAGUGCAAAACUAUGCGAACGCCGACCCUACCGACGGAAAAGCACUUGCAAAGGAACGAGAAGAUGCGAUGGAUCCACCCCCUAACGGAAAUAUGUUCCGUGUCAAUACCCUGAGCCCAAGCCCCACGGAAUCAACUGCUCAACUCUACUACGCUCUGGGAAUGGUCCGGAUGUCGCAAGAAGACCACGUUGAUGCGCUGAUGGAGUUUCGACGAGCCAUUCAGGUUGCCGCUCUUGGUUUAGGGGUCGCUCACGAUUUGACCAAGGCUGCGACAUACAUGAUCCGAGCAGCCCUGUUGACAAUGGGUUACCGAUCUCACGAAAUCCGAAAGUAUCUGGCACAACUCAAGAGCAAUAUUUAUCACGARAUCGAGGCGGAUGUUUURUGUGAGUCGGGAAACUUUGAUCAAGCCCUGGAAGAAUAUGCCGACCUGAAUUUCCUCCAUGAUCCAGACAGUCAAGUCCAGGCACGCAUUCAAACGAAGAUUGCUUCCAUUUUCGAGGCACGGGGGGAUUACAUCAAGGCAAUUCAGAUUUGGGCGGACAUUUUGGUCCUGUACGACGAUACUCCCUCUGUAGGCAUUCACCAUCCAUUGGCCAGGCAGGUAGUGUCGAGGAUUGUUGAGGGAAAGAGGUUGCUUCACACGCCCUACUAAGGAUGUGUUCUGAUUACCGCUAAAAUACAAAUGAAAACAAUGCGGAGCCUCUGUCCUCUAGAAGGGGAUUCGAUACCGACAGAGGACUAYCAGUUGUUUGGUGCAAGUUUUGCAUCCGAAACAAUCAUCGUUACUAUUUGUAUUUAAUACUUUAUAAGAGUUCAAGUUAUCAUGUUCUCCAUUGMCACCUAUCGUGACUUGGCCAUCGCAAUCAAAGCUUCGAAAAACAGCAGUUGUAUUUGUAACGUUCUACAAUGAAGUCAUCUUUGUUGU